GCUCAAACUUUGCUUCAGUGGAGACCUUACUGUCUAUGGUGGAGACUCGUCUCCAUGCUAGCCUUCCGCCAGCCGCUCGUGCGCGUGCGUCGUACUGUCACUGGUCUGCCAGUGUCACAGACAACUGCAGCCAGCUCGCGGCAUGUGGACCUGGGAUAGGGUGUGCGUCCGUUUGACCAGCAUCGGUUUCAGCAAAACUAGUCGACAGUCGGGGACAAACCUUCAGCACAGUGACGGUAUUUUGGCGACGUCUUACCUGGACAAUAAGAUAAAGAGAUAAUGACAAUAGUGGAUUUUGUUUCUACUUGUAGGUACAGCACCUAGCUAGAAGAAGGGAAGUCACCCCAAAAAGAUUUUGACAUGAAGAAGGAUAUAGAUACAUUGCUAGCAGAGGAACGUGCUGAAAUCAUCACUAAAUAUGAUAAGGGCAGGCAGGAGGGCGUCAACAUUGACCCAUGGGAGGAUGCCGACUACAGCAUCUAUAAGGUCACCGACCGCUUCGGCUUCCUGCAUGAGGAGGAGCUACCAACACCCAGUGCGCUUGAAGAAAAGCAAAAGCAGCAGGACAUAGAGCGAGUGGAGAAAUGGCUGAAGAUGGUGAAGAAGUGGGACAAGUACAGGAACAGUGAAAAGUUGGCGAAGCGUGUGUAUAAAGGCAUCCCUCUGCAGCUGAGAGGCCAGGCCUGGGCCUUGCUUUUGGACAUAAAGAAAGUCAAACAAGAUAACAACGGAAAAUAUGAGAGAAUGAAGCAGCAGGCUCGUAACUUCUCCACAGAGAUCAAACAGAUCGACUUAGACGUCAACAGAACCUUCAGGAACCACAUCAUGUUCAUGGACCGCUUUGGAGUCAAGCAGCAGGCCCUGUUUCACGUCCUAGCAGCUUACUCCGUCUACAACACGGAGGUGAGCUACUGUCAGGGAAUGAGUCAGAUUGCUGCCAUCUUGCUCAUGUACCUGAAUGAGGAAGACGCCUUCUGGGCUCUGUCCCAGCUCCUCACCAACGGCAAGCAUGCCAUGCACGGGUUCUUCAUCCCAGGAUUUCCCAAGCUGCACCGUUUCCAGGCCCAUCAUGAUUUGGUCCUUUCCAAAAUGCUGCCAAAGCUGAAGAAACACCUGGAUAAGGAGCAGAUGACAACAGGGAUUUACACCACCAAAUGGUUUCUGCAGUGCUUCAUUGACAGAACCCCUUUCACCCUCACCCUGCGUUUAUGGGACAUCUACAUAAUGGAGGGAGAGAAGAUGCUAACUGCCAUGGCUUAUACAACCCUCAAGUUACACAAGAAGCGCCUGCAGAAGCUUCCAUUAGAGGAGCUGAGGGAGUUUCUCCAGGAGCAGAUGGGGGUUUCUUUCUUCCUGCCUGAUGAUGUGGUGGUUGAACAGCUACACACUGCUAUGUCUGAGCUUCGCAGUAAAAAGCUGGACCAACCUCCUCCAGCCAAGUCAGAGGAGCUGCCAAAGAAACCUCUGGGUCAAGAGAGACCAGUUCUCCUUCUGCCUCUGCAGCCCGACUCUCCACUGGAGGUCAAAAUAAAUCUGCAGCCCCACAGCCAACCCACUACAGAGGCCCAGAAAACCGACAGCAUCGCCCUACACCAAACUCCUUCUCCUGCAGAGCCCCAGGACUCGAGAACACCUCUUCUGCCUUCACCUGACCCAGUUGUAGUGCACACACAAGGUACACCUUCUCCUUUAAGGCCUUGCAGAGCACCUCCGUUACCUCCAAAAGCAGACAUACGCUGCGCUGAGGUCAAGUUGGACAGAGAUGCGAAGGAGUCGCUUCCAGACGUUAGCCAGACCGAAGAUGUGGGAAAACAGGAGAGCCAGACCGGAGACCCAGAGACCCGGGACGAGCCCGUGGCUUGGCCCCCGCCCUACGAGCCCCUUGAUUUGGAAGCUCUUGCUGUGCAGACUGAGGAGGAAUUCAUGGAUCUUCCGGAUCUGCCACCGCCACCUUUCUUUUACACUGAGCAGAAUGACCAAGGCCCUCUGGACAGCGAGUCCCCCCACCUGUGCACUGGGACCAGCCCGGAGACUCCGCGGCGCUCUCCUUCCCCUCGCUCAGCCUCGCCACUUGUCACUCAAAUGAAGCUAUCUCCAAAACCAUGCCCGAAACCACCCACGUCUCUUGACCUCACACAGAAAAAACCUCCUCCCUCAAAGCCUUCCCCUCCCACAAAGCCUUCCCUUCCCAGGAAGCCUUCCACUCCCAGUGCCUGGAACACAUCCUCCUCCUCCUCCUCCUCUCCCAGAUUGCCUCCCCCAAAGCCAACCAAGUUCCCAGUCUCUCUCUACGUCCCGAUGCACACGGGAGACAGACGGCCUUCCAACACCUCCCAGUACGACAACCUUUCCGAGGCCGACGAGGACGACCGCUACCUGGAGAGGCUGCUGGGCUCCACGCCUGAGGAAAGUCCCAGCAUGCAUGGCAAUCCCCCACAUACCACGGACGGGGACUACGACCCCGCUCUCUUCCCUCCACCUCCACCUCCCGCGUUCAUCC